AUGAACAGGGACUUGACUGAAUCCACCAGCCUUUCAUCUAACACUUCAGAGACCAACAGCCGCUCGCUUUUGUUCGCGAAAUUCUUAUGCCCACUGUCGGCCAUCGGAAAUGACUUCGCCAGCCAAGACGAAGAAGUUUCUCUGUUGUCAGGAUUCAGGUAAAUUUUCUCCGAUUGAUGUCUUAUUGUACUUAUGGUUGGUUAGAUAAAAUUCUUUUACAUCUGACGCAGCUAACAAAUUAUUAAUCGGCUCGAAAAUUUGCCUAAUAGAUAAUUUUUAGUAUUUCAGAUUUCAAACCUUGAUCUUUGUGACAAGAGAGUAAGCCUUUGAAAAUUUUAAAAUACUUGUUCUCAGUGAUUAAACGCUAUUCUACAUUUCACAUUCCGGUAUCGAUAUAUAAAAAGCUAAACUCUUUAUACUGCGAUGUAUUUCAGUGUUCAAUUUCUUCUACUCUAGAUCUGUAUUAAAUAGAAAUGCCGAUGGAACAUCAUUACAGUGUAAUAGCAACACGCCAGCUUGCGUGGCGUACUCGCUCACGCGCGCGACUUGGGAAAGACAUGGAGAUUAGCGGCUACAAAAUCAGUGUAAUGAAAAAGUCAUAAUUUAUUUCAAUUAUACGUUGGUGAUUUUAGUAGAAAUUAGGGCGAGAGCGUACAGGUGAUUUUUCUUUUUCCGGUAAGUGACCUGUGUCCUCAGAAAGGGCAGCUGAAGAAGAAAAAGUCCAGAGGGCAUUUAAUUUUAAAAUUAAUUCCGAGUCGACAGCAACGCCUUAAAUUUCUAUGCAAGGAACUACAAAAAAACAAAGAGCAUUAAACUUUUAUUCGAACACUGGCAGUUUUGCAUACUCCAAAAAAGGUUUCACUGUGCAUUGAAUAACGAUCAGCAGUAGUAAAAAUAGCCAAAGAAAGUCAGUAUAAAAGAGAAGGUUGUACAGUGCAAAAACCAAGAGAACAUUUUUUUUCCCUUCAGUAUAUCUUUGUUUUGUCCAUAUGUUGACAAUAGUUUUAUAGUGUUACAAAUCAAAUCAAAGUUUGGUUUCCAAACGGUUCCCGUAGACAAAAUACUCAUAGAUAUUGUGAAUAUAUUAGUUAUACGAGACAUGCAUGUGGAAAGGAAAGAUGUUGUGGCAGGAAUAUAUACAUGUAUGUUCUUGCUACACUGCGAUGGGUCACAACUUACUUCCGGUAUUAAAGGCCUGCAAACAGCACUUGCUAGCGGAUACACUCAUAAAGGUUGAUCCUGUUCAUUCGUCCAUAUUGGAUCGAAGACAAAAUAUCAUCAGGAAAUUGGUCUUGUUCGCGAUCUUGAUUUCUUUGUGCGAAAAAAUGUAAUCUUCGUUUAAUCAAAGAUGGGCCGAUAAAGCAGCUUUGUCAAAAAAUAUGAGCGAAGCUGCUAAAGAGCGCGUCAUAGCGCUGGGGACACAAUUCAACACAAUUGAACACGAAGUUCCCAGUCUUGAGGAUUCUCCCGUAGUGACGUUUGAAACUGGCAGCCCAAAAAAGUCCUUUUGGAAGAGGAACACAAGUAAAUUGCCUGGAAGGUAUUGUCGUUUUUUAUUUGAGAGGCAUCGGCAAUUUUUGAAGCCCUUGUGUUGACUUAAAUGUGCUUUUUAAACAGUAUUAAACCCGCACAUGGCGGACAAGAUUUACUCUCUUCUUCAACAAGUGUUUCCGCAGUUCAUGGGCAAACAAGGUUAGUUAAGUGUUUACGUUUCAGGUCAAAGUAGGAGUAAAGUAAUAUUUCUAGCGAGUUUUAGAUCGCGAUGGCAAAAAGAGAGAGAUUACAGAUUUUUGUACUCGUGUUAUAUUGUCGCUGAGAAAGCGAGUUUCUUGUUUACUUGAAAUUUAUUGGUUUUCGGCGAAUCAGCACUUAAGUAUUUGAGCUUAAUACUUGUUUUGAUUUUGAUGAUGAAUGCUAAAAGAUAACAGUAAAAUGUACAUAGCAAUGCGUAAAAUUGUUCUUAGAAGAUCAGACAAUGACAAUUUGAUGAGUUCUAUUGUUAAAAGUUGUUGCGAUGUACUUCAAUUUAUUAACUGAAAGGCUUAUUGACUAUUAAAUGAUACCAAACGUUCCUGUAGAGCGAAUAGAGAGAAAAAAUCGUAUCUCGUAACCUUCCAACUAAUAAUAACGCUGUUUAUAACUAACUGUAAAAAUGAAUAAUAUUUGAAAAAUAUUCCUUUAAAUACAUUUCAUAAUUCUACUGUUUCCGUCAUCAAUGAUAUUUUUCUAGAGGAAAAUAUUUAAAAUAUGAUUUUUGUGAUAUUUAAGCUUAAUUUUUUUCCAGUUAGUCUUCUUUAUGUUAAAAGAUCUGUGUAUGAUCACGAGGAUAUGUCCUUGUUGCUUUUAAAUGAAUUUUAAGAAUUAUGAUAGUGUAAUGAUAAUUACAAGGAAAAAAAUAAGAGACAGGGAAACCACAAGAAUAUUCUUAAGGCUUGUAGCAAUGCAUCCUGUCUGUUAUGUACAGAAAUUUUUCUUUUUCAUUUUGACCAAGAAACAAGACAAUGACAUUGAAUGACACACUCAGAUAUUUUACACAAUAUUACUUUGCUUAGCUUUUUGCAUUUGUAGUUACUGAACAACAUGUCAAAAAAAUUUCUUUUGAAGGAUGAUAAACAAGGAGAGGGGGUUAUUAGGUGUAACUACAAGGAGUGUGUAUGGACUGGUUGAUUUUUAUGAGUUAAGAGGGGUUGGGGGUGGCGGGGGGGUUGAGCGGAGGCACCUUAUAAUCUGCUUUCACUACUACUAUGGCCUUGAUAUACUUUUUGUACUUGCUGGCUUGUAGCCAGUGAAAGUGUCAAUGACCAUGUAAAUAAGUCCGUUAGUCCUGUCCUAUUGACCUUGUAGGACAUGGCAUUAACAUGUAACUUUCAGAGCAAAGGUACUGGGUUGGAUACCUGCUAUUUCCCUUUUUUCCUAUGAAUUUCUAACAAUAAAAGUCUUUUUUUCUUUUUUUAAGCCCAACAAUUGAACAUUUUAAUCAAAACUGUCACUUUAAAUCUGUAAACAUUCGACUUAAAUGUCAAAAAUUUGCAUAAAUUCAAAACAACUGGCAUUUUUAAAAUUUCGUCUUAUGGUAAUUCCAAUAUGACGUGCUUAAUCUUGGCAAGAAAUUUCUUGCCAACUCAAUAGUCCCCGAACUGUAUCUGUAAAAGUUAAAACUUUGCCUGUGGUUGCCUGACCAACCUUACGUGAUAAAAGACCUGUGUCAUGCUUUUGAAAAAGUGCACAUGUUGAUUAGAAGUUGCUACACAAUUUUACUGCCGCAACAAGUGAUUUUGUUUUGCAGACAUUUUUUUUUUUUUUCGGGGCAGAGGUACCAGGUUUGAUACCCAGCACCAUCCUUUUUUUCUCAUUUUUAUGGUUAUCGUAGAACAGACUAUUCUUUGCCUCAUAUCCUCUCAGAGGACUACAUAAACAGCCUGUGAUGAUCGGUGAAGUGAUGAUAUUGACAAACAGUGUUGUUAUAACAGAAAUAAAACUGAUAGAUGGCAUGCUCAGUUUUCAAUGUGACGAACCUAAAGUCAGUUCCUCUUUAUAAUUAAAAAGAAAAAGAAGAAGUGUUAUUGUGAAAAUUCAAGGUUUUAAUACAUCUCAUUAACAAUGUAAGUGUGCAAGGUAAAAUAAGGAUUGAAUAGACCUUUUUUACCUAGACGGUGGCCAUAUUGAAUUAAUUCAAUUUAAGAAGUAUUAUAGGAUGCCCAGGGGGUAUGAGCACAUUUCGUUUGUGUAAGAUUGUAAUGGGAAAACAGAUCCUUGUGCCGUGUUUGGAUGUAAUAAUGAUCCCCUUUUGCUAGUUUAGUAUUAGAAAUAUGGUUUUUCACUGUAUAUUUCUCGUGAAAAAGGUGAUCAUUAUUACAUCCAAACAUGGCACAAGGAUCUUUUUUUUCCCAUUACAAUCUUGUUCUAAGAAAACUUUACGAAAAAAUAUCCUGAAAAGCGCUUGAAAAUACAAACGAAAUGUGCUCAUGCCCCCUGGGCAUCCUAUAAUACUCUUUAAAUCGAAUUAAUUCAAUAUGGCUGCCGUAUUGGUAAAAAGGUCUAUUAAACUAUUCGGUAAGUAGUUCUCUUUUUUUUUGGGGGGGGGGGUGGGGUGGGGGGAAUAUCCUGAAAUUAAAUGCUGGAAUUCUGUUUCAAAAUUUAAGAGGGUAUAUAUAGGGUGGAGGGCUGUUGGGUACCCUAUUGAAAAAACCUGCCUUCACCAGUGCUGAUACAGUUACUGUGAUAAUAGAGAAAAGUGAAACCACCCCUUUGUUACCAUGGUGAGCAUUAUGAAAUAAUUUACUUGUUUAUCCUGAGCUUAAUCUGCCUUCAUAACAUUUUUAUUGUUUCAGCGUUCAUGGUAAGGUAAAACCUAAACCCCUAAGUUUCCAGGAAUUUAACAACGAAACAAGUGAUGCCUGGGGUGAAGAUGACGAUGAUGCCAUUAAGGUGGAUCCCGAGGAGAAAAAGAAUGUACUGUCCCAGUCUCUUGUCCGUACAAUCAGUGGGGGUGAUGUCAGGGAAAGCAUUCCUACUAAUGUGGCCAAGGAAACAAAAAAGCUUCCAGAACAGUUAGUCAAAAGAGAAGAAAACAAAACGUCAAGACCUUCUCCACUAAGUUUACUAAGUAAGAAGCAUAGAUUCUUCCUUGAUCAUUGACGCAUCUGAGUCUUCUUUACUUUUUUUGAAUAGUCAGGGUGGUCAUUAGGCGUCAGAGAUUGGAGAAUUCUCUGUUUACUACACAGAAUUCUCCAGCUAACAUGCGAUAGCCUAUGACUGUUUUUUAUUCAGACAUGGUGCUUCUUUCACACUAUUCUCCUGUAACGCUACACGUUUCUCCCAGGCCACUAGAAUUCUUAAUUAAAACCCUGAAUAGUUUAUAAGUGAUGUAAAAGAUUAAAGUCAGCCCCCUCCACGAUGGACAUCUUUGGAGAAAAUCAUGACUAAAGUCUAUAACCAAUAUCCAAAUGUACAUUAUGAUAGUUUGAUUAAAUUUUUUUACUAGUCUUGUUAUGAGUUAUUAAUGAGUUUGGAAAUAGUUAUGGUAGACCCAACAACAUUGAACAAUUCAAACUUUCCACCAUUGAAAUGCGACUGCUCACCUUUGCAAAUCACAUUGAAUGAAAGUGGAUCUCAGUGUCAGUAUCGGGCCUUCAUACUUCAUACUCAAAAUCACUGUAUGCUUAUUUAUUUUUCAGCACGGCACAAGAAUCAGUCAUCUUCAAAAUCAUCAGCUCACUCCCCACCACCUCCCCCUGUGCAGCCGCCUAAGCCCCCGUCUCCCAUUAGAGCAGUGAAACUGGAAUUUCAAGAUCAAGAAAUCCAUAAACUUGAAAAAUUUGGCAAGCUUCUGGCUGGUCCCAACACCGAUCUAGGCAAGAAUAUAAUAUUUUUACAUACUGUCACAAUAAUGUUAUUAGUAACUGUUGUUGAUCUUGGCUUUUACAUUUUCAGAGGCCAUAAGGAAAUUGAGUUGGUCAGGUAUUCCAGUCACUGUACGCCCAACAACUUGGCAGCUACUUUGUGUAAGUUUGUUGAAUUGUAAUUGCCUCCUAUGUUGCUAUGUUUCUUCAGCAAAGCAACUCUCGCAGACUGUUUCAGGAGUCUCUAAGAUACGGCAUAAAUCUACCUUCCCACAUACAGGUUACCAACUUUCCUAAAUAAAAUUCAAUUUUCUGCUUCUCUGUGCUUUAGGUUGGAAUUAACCCCUUUGUUAUAAAAAUUCAUAGUACCAAUGGUUUCUGUGGCAGUUUUGCACAUAUUUUAUCAGUGACAAGACAAUUUUGUCAAAAAAGUGGUGUGUACUUCAAGCACAUGUAAGACUUCAGAUGUCCUGAGCCAUGCCCAUUAGGCCUGAGUCGAUUUGUGUUUUAAAAAUGUGGUUGCGUGAAUGAUGUUGGCAGUACUGCAAAAGAGAAUCGUCAGUUUUUUAGAUCUCCAGAGGUUAACAUCUCUAAUUUUUAUUUCAAUACUAUAUCAUUAGGGCUAUUUACCAGCAAAUAUUGACAGAAGGCAGUCAACAUUGGAUCGAAAGCGUGAUGAGUACCACAACUUUGUCAAACAGUAUUAUCCUACAAGAUAUGAAGAUACAUAUCAUGACACAUUUAGACAGGUAUUAUUCAAGAUUAUUUUGUUCUAUCCUCAUUUUAAUUGUGAAAAAUAUCAAAUUUUGUUGCUUGUUUAUUGUCAACAGAUUCAUAUUGAUAUUCCAAGGACAAAUCCUCUCAUACCACUUUUUCAGCAACCCUUAGUACAAGAGGUAAGGAUAUUUUCUUUGUAAAAUAGUAAAAACAUCCUUACUAUUUAUCUUGCACUAUGUUUAAUUGGUCAUUUGCAUGAUGACGUCUUUUAACUACUAAGACCAGAAUUCAUUUGUUUUUAAAUUUUGUAAUUCCAGUGAGGUUUAAAUAGCAAAAGCCCAAAUUUGCACAAGAAAGCAAAACCCUGAAGGAUUCUGGUGGUAAUAAUAAAAUUGCACCAUCAUGCAAAGGGCCUUAAUUAUGUGCGGUAAUAAUCUUUACACAUUAUGAUUAUUAUUGAUAAAGUAAAUACAGGACUGUUCAAAAGUAAGUUGACAGUCCGUUUCAAUUCUUGACUCUUUAUUGAAUUACUUUAUUGAAUUCGCCACAGUGACUCAACACGGUGACAAAGGAUGAAACAGGACUAAUGUCCCAAUAAAAUAUUGAUAUCAACCCCUUCAUCACCCAUCCAGCCCAUUAAAGGUUUUACCACACCACCAGGGUCUAUGCCCCCUACCCUUUAGUAACAGCAGUGUGGGUUCUUUUAUGUGCCACAAGAGUCAGAACAGUGAAAGAGCUGUGAGGCGGGUCCUACGGUUUUUCGUCCUUAUCUGAGAAGACUAGAAUGUCUAACCAUUUGUAGAUGUCACAACAAAGGCAGCACAUUCUUCUCAGUUAUUUAAGACCCUGGGUGUUGGUUCGGCCAUGGUUUGAACCCGCGACCUCCAGCUCAGCAGAACGGUGCUUAGCCAGUUGAGCUAACCGGGCAACUCGAUUCUUGCAUGGCCAUGAAAAUGGCAUGUAAGGCAUUCAUAUGCAGUGUACAAUACAAAUAAGAAAAAAUAAACAGCAAUCAAUUAAGAGACUUUGCCUAGUGUUCUGUAAUGAUUUACCAGUAUACAGUAAGUGGAGAUUGAGAGUUGUAGUAGAAUAACAUGGCAGUUGAAUACUAUUACCCCUCACCUCUCAUGUGCUCACCUCUCUUGGCUUGUGCAUGAGUAUUGUGUAAAAACAGCAACUUCACAUAUGUAUGCACAGGAAACCCAAAUGAGUGUAGGAGUGUACUUUCUUGACUACAUGCACAGUCUUAACAUAAUCUUGUUUGUUUGCCAUUUACAAUGCCUACUAAUAGUUUGCUUGAUUUAUUCAAAAAAGUGGUUUCUUUCUAAACAGGAGAUUUAGUGUAAGAGUUGCCUAAAAGUGCAUACCACUUCUGUUGCUUUAUAGAUAUUUGAGAGAAUUUUGUACAUCUGGGCUAUCCGCCAUCCUGCCAGUGGUUAUGUCCAAGGAAUCAAUGACCUGGUCACGCCCUUUUUUGUGGUGUUUUUGUCUGCGUAUGUAGGUAUGUCUAUACUCAUGUAGCACGAGAUACCGUAUUGCUUCAUGAAUGCUUUGAGUCACAAAUGUCACUCAGCUCAAACCCCCAUUUGCAACCUGUUCACAUGUGACCACUUAUCCAAAAUACCAAAAUCACUUUCUCAGUCAAGUACUCCAUUUGGAAAUUUGCUUCCCUGAAUGGAUUGGAAAUAAACAUUACUGUACAUUACGUUUUAUUGAUUUAUUUUAUGUAUUUUCUAGAUGGUGAUUUAGAGAACCACGAUGUCAGCCAGUUACCUAAAGAAACUCUAGAUGUUAUAGAGGCUGACAGCUUUUGGUGUAUGAGCAAACUUUUAGAUGGUAUACAGGUAUGUAACGCCACUUAAACAUUUACAGCAUUCCUGUCCAUGACACUAAUUGGCUCUCCAGGUCGAGGUUAUGCAGUUUCUUGUCCUGUUUCCUAGAAAAAAUUUUCUCAGUUCAUUUUAGAAGUUCAUGCCGGCAGAUUUUCUCCGUGCAGACUUUUUGAAAAUACUAAUCUUCUUUUAGGUGCGAUAUUUUGCCACUAAAUUUGGAUUGUCUUCUUUUCUGUUACAGGAUAAUUACACAUUCGCACAGCCAGGAAUUCAAAUGAAAGUAAAUGCUCUUAGAGAGCUGAUUCAGAGAAUUGACGGUGAGCAAGUUGGAUCAUUAAUAUUCAAAGUUGCUCCAGUUGUGCAGGAACCACCCACAAGGCUUAAAAUUUACAUUAAUUUUAUUUGGUGAAAAAAAGUCUUGGAUGCAGACUGGCUUACUUUAAAUGUUGUCAAGUUUUACCCAGAUUUUGUUGACCUAAAAUGAUAAAACGGUUGCCAGAAAAUAGAAACAAGGGCACGUUGUGCAGUUGUACAUGAAGGAAUUGAAAUAAUUCGAAAGGCUGCCGACCAUUGGUGAAUAAUUUGGAGGUGCUCGUGGUCUCUCAAGGCCUAAUACCCGGACAUCUUACUAGGAUUAAAAGGGACCGAUCAUUAAAGACGAUAAUAGUUUUUGUGUUGUGAAAGGAAAAAUUGGGAGCUCAAGCGACGACGACGAUGACGGCAGCAAGGACGACAGAAGAGCAAUAGGUUUAGAUUAGCAAAACAACAACUUUGCCAUUGUUGCACGACUGCGACGUGAAAAUACCUAAUUUCACGUUUUGCGGAGGACGCUUCGAUACAUUUCCGAGAAUUCCACUCCAUAGAAUUACAUGUUUUUGUACGCUAAUAUUUGUUGAAGUGAAUGAGGUGGAAUAAACUCGAUAAAAUUUGAAGCAGCGCGAAUUCACUUUUUAAGUGACGUUCCUGUAGCCGUGGCCGUCGUUGUUGCUUAAGCUAAACUCCUUACGACUUCUUCUUCCUUUGCAGAACCACUCAAUGCUCAUCUUGAAAAAAAUAACGUGGAGUACCUGCAAUUUGCCUUCCGGUGGAUGAACAAUUUGUUAAUGCGAGAAAUGCCGCUCAGAUCUACAAUACGACUCUGGGAUACGUACUUGGUUUGUACCGUGGUUUCUUUUGGAUGUUAAAAUUACUUUCGUAAAUGCUUUGGUUUUUCAUUGUUCGCUUUGUGAUUGGCCUAAAAAUCACGCGCCUUUUUCUCGACCAAUCAGAUGUAAAACCGUAACAAAUUGUGACGUGCUCACACCACACAUGUUUUCCCGCAUGGCAGCAGCUACAUGUACAUGUAUUGUUUCGACAUGCGAUUGGUUCAUUUAAAUGCUUGGGUAUUAUUGAUCGGCCAUAAUGGUAACUCGGUGUUUGGAUGGUUUUGCGUCACAAAGACGUAUGUAUACACACGAAUGAACCGAUCAGAAUUUCACGCAAAUUUAAGUACCUGCUACCAAGCACACCGUAUGAAAAUUAGUUUUCAACUCACUUCUGAUUGGUUAAGAAAAUAGGGCGAUGCAGUUUGACACUCAACAAAAGCAGCAACCCGAGUGACACUUAAACUGAAAAAUUAUCUUCACUGCUUUGUUGAAAUGAUUCUGUAAUUAAGAGGAACACUUUUUUAUAUUGAUAAACAUUAAUAACUCCUGAAUUGCGUAAAAGGGAAGAGGAAAACUGGCUAAGCAUGGUUGGGCCUUGUAUUUAAUCAUAGACAAUGGGAACGCAUGCAAAAUCAUUUCUUUACCUUGUUUCUCUUGAUUUUGUAGGGCAAAAAGUAAUUUUUUUGUUUCAUUUUACCAGUCUGUAGAAAAUGGAUUUGCGUCUUUUCAUCUGUAUGUUUGUGCGGCGUUCCUGAAGAAUUUUUCUCAAGAAAUUAUACAGGAAAAUGAUUUUCAGGUUUGUUUGUUUGCUCGUUUGUUUGUUUUUUUCACUUGUUCGCAUUUUGUACAUGUCACGUUGCAAGACGUCUUUUUCUCGAUUGUAAAUUAUGUCUGCUGUAGUCAUAUUCAUACGACGGCAACGUGCGGAAAAUGGGGAAAUGCUCCCACGACUAAGCGCAAAUUUACGGACAGUUUUUGAUAAUUACUUCUGGUGCCCCGUGGGCUAAAGCUGUUACAAGAACGGAAAACUAUAUUUCGCCUUGAAUUUUGCCCUCAGCUUUUGGCUGUUCACCGUACAUUUACCCUGUUUUUCCGUGUGAUUGUCGAGGUUGAUUGCCCAAAAGAGUACAAAUAAAGCGAAGGUUCAGAGUUUGGGGAUGACAGAUAUAACGGAAUAAAUAGGUUCCUACUCCCCCCCUCCUUUGGCGGGGGGGAAGGAGGUACUCCCUCAUAUGGCCUAUACGGGGAUGUGCCGCUGAACAGGGUAUGGUUUUUGACCUAUCCUAAACAAGGUGUAUCAUUUCGCGCGAGUCUGUUCUAAACCUAAGGGUAUAUAAUUUCGUGCGAGUGACAGUCUGCCCUAGUUAUAAAGAGGGUAUGGCCUGCACGAUCGAUUUGAUUUGCUACGUGAAAUUUGUUUGUACUCCAAACACACAAACGCAAUGGCUAUAAAACAAGACGGCGUGCAUUUUACUCCUUGUCCUAAAAAGGGUCAUAAAAUUGAGGGUGUUGUCUUAAACAGGGUAUGUAAUUUGGAAUUUUUUUCCUAAACAGGGUCAGGGUUUCAAAGCUUCAGCGACUCACCUUUACCCAAAUACUGAUCGAGUACCCCUCCCCCCUGGGUUUUCCCGAUCCUCUCACCAAGAACAUAACAUCCCAGCUCUCAAACUCGGUAACUCGGUGAUCGACCUCAAAAAUCGCCUGGGACUUUAAAUACGCAAAGUCAUAGUUGAUCUUAUACUUCAUUCCCUGUCUUUCACUAGGGGUUAAUGCUGUUACUACAGAAUUUACCAACAAGCAACUGGGAUGACCAGCAAAUCAGUCUCUUGCUAGCGGAGGCUUACAGACUUGAGUACAUGUUUAAAGACGCUCCGAAGCAUUUACAGCACGUCUCAUGA